UGUUUUUCUCUGUGCCGCCUCAGGUCCAUGUGAAGAUGGCUGACGAGGCAGUGUGUGUAGGCCCCGCCCCCACCAACAAGAGCUACCUCAACAUGGACGCCAUCAUGGACGCUAUCAGGAAGACUGGAUCCCAGGCCGUGCAUCCAGGCUACGGCUUUCUGUCUGAAAAUAAAGAGUUUGCCAAGAGACUGGCUGCCGAAGACGUGGUGUUCAUAGGACCGGACACCCACGCCAUCCAUGCCAUGGGCGACAAGAUCGAGAGCAAGCUCCUUGCCAAGGCAGCCAAUGUCAACGUCAUCCCUGGGUUCGACGGGGUUGUCGAGGUGAGCUAUACUGUCAACAUGAUCGUCCUGGCAACAAAUCUACAUUUAAUAGUACCGCUCAGAUCUGGUCUUCAUUAUCCCUCAUUCUACACACAGGCUACCCGGUGA